AUGAAAGCUGCAGCGAUUCCCACUUUGGAAAACAUCAACUUCCUUUGUCAAUAUGCCUAUAAGAGAUUGACAGGGUGUAUGGAACUCUUCGUUUUGAGUUCUGUACUGAAACAUGUCUCUGGUGCAAGUCAGCUUACUGAAGGAUCCAGGAGUGCUCACAUGGGAAAAUUUGAAUUGGAGAAGACCCUGGAGGUGGGGAUGGAAUUUGGGACCGAUACUAGUAUAGGAAAAUAUGCUGUACAUUUUCAUACAUAA